UAAAACAAGGCGGCAGUCUAAUGGAGGACACAAAUGAAUGGGAGCUGAGCAAAGAAAAUGUCCAGCCGAUCAGACAAGGCCGUCGUUUUGCUGAUUUAAAUGCAGCUUUACAGUCGAAUGUGGAUCAUACCACAUUAAAACGCGAGAAACAGAACUUUGAAGAGGCUUUAAGAAGCUACAGUGGAGAUGACCCUCUAGAAGUUUGGUUUGGUUAUGUUCUGUGGACAGAACAGGCUUUUCCUAAAGGAGGAAAUGAGAGCCCCUUGUGGCAGUUACUGGAACGCUGUAUCAGGGAAUUUAAUGAGAAAGAUGUCUACAAGAACGACCAGAGAUAUGUGGACAUUUGGAUCCGCUACGCUAAUUUGUCGGCAGAGUCGGACGAGAUCUUCAAGUUUAUGCAUGACCAGGGCAUUGGGACAGAGUUGAGUUGUUUCUACGAGAGCUGGGCCAAUGUCACAGAACUGGGGGGAAAUCCCAAGAAAGCGGACAGUAUUUACCAACUAGGGAUCCGACGGGGAGCCAAACCUCUCACCCAUCUACAGAAAAAACAUGAACGUUUUCAGUACCGAGUUGCCCAGGGGUUGGUGGGACAAGUCGAGGAGGAAAUGGAAACUGCGCCUCCUGAAACAAGGACAGCCCUCGGAAAACUCAAAACUGUAGGCAAAAAGGGGCAAGCACCUGUGUCCAGAAGUGGAAAUUUUUUCCAAGGAUCAGGUGGUGGAAUACCACUAAAAUCUCGACCACCCAAUCAGAAACAAGGGCUGGGAUUCCAGGUCUAUACUGACGAGAACACCUCACCAUCCUACAUCCCGGAAACCACGGGAGAGUGGAAGGAGAUUCCCAAACCAUCCGCCAUCAACAAAGAGAACCGCCAGAAACCAGGCGUGUGGACUUCAACAAAGGUCCCUCAGAGAGGAGCAGUUGUUCCACCCGUCGUGGGGAAACCUUCGUUUAGUAUACAUGUGGAGGAGAACUCAGACCAGCCAAUGAUGACACCGAGGAAAUCUACUGGAAUGGAACAUCAAGUUCUAAGUGCAAGGAAAGCACCAAAACACACAGAUCCCCUCCAUAACUUACGACACGUGACAGAAACAGAAGCUGGUGUUUUUGUUCCCAUGUAUUGUAAGGAUAAAGUUUAUUAUGGAAUUGAGGAAUUUUCCUUUGAGGAAAUUCGGGCCUUAAGAUGGAAAGCCAAGAAACGGGCGAUGGAAGACAAGAGGCGUAGAGAAAAGGAAAAAGAGAUUGCAGCCCAACAGGAGGAACUGCUGAGGAAGCAGGAGAUGAUUCGUCGUCAGAUGGAGGAGUUCCAGCUUCAGAGGGAACAAUUCGAGAGAGAACAGAUGUCCAUGUUCGCAAGACUCCAGGAGAAAAUGCAAGAACGAGAACAGCAGCUGGAAACAGCCAGCCAGCAACAUGUACAAACACAGAGAGAUCAGCUAGAAAGAGACAUUGAACGCCGAAUGCAACAACAGGAAACAGCCCGCUCCUCUCGUCAGUCUCUGCCACUAAAUGAUGUACAGGUGGUCCAACGGGCAUCUGAUGUGGCACCAGCUGGGGGGAGAGCAGAAGGGGUAUAUCCCCGGGGUGAUAUGGCACCAGCUGGGGGGAGAUCAGAAGGGGUAUAUCCCUCUGGUGAGAGACAAACAUCCCCACAUGUACAUGGGGAAAUGGAGACCCAAUCUCAAUCCCAAAACCCUCUCCAGACUUCUACAUCGACACCCAGUAACCGGUCCUUACUGAAUUCUACUGGAUCCUCGGGGCUACCUCUGAUUUGUGACUUGUUUUCGUUUCAGUCCUUUACUGCCCCCUCUCCCACUGUUAAUACAAAGGAAGCCAUUAACAUUGUGAUGGGGAUGUUCAACACGUCUCUGGACUUUGGCUGGGAUGAUGGAAAUAGGAUAAGUUCAGACUGUGCCAAUUUUCGUUAUACCUCUCCAGAAUGGACUAAAAAGAGAAAGAAAAACAUAACUGAUGUUUGCCAAAAUGCUGUGACUUUCCUUUGUUUGGGUAUCAGCUCUCGUGUUACAACUUCUUCUAAUUUGAUAACAGAGGUUCCUGCAGCAGCUAGUCAACCAUUUGCAAUUUUUGAUGAGAAUGCCCAGGCAGAGAAAUUAGGGAAAAAAAGAUUUACAGUUCAUGAAGACCAGACCAGUAAAGAAAAUCAGGCAUUGAACACGGAUCAGACCAGUCAUGGAGGGCCAGAUUUGGAGAAUAAAAUGGAGGGAAUUGAAUCCCAGGGUGGGUACUACGAGGAUUUCACCAUCGCACCAGUGGGCUCUCACCAGAGUUUUGCUGCCAUGGCCAGAUGUGCUUCUACCCCCUUCAAUGAGAACCACGAGGCCCCACCCCCCAUACCUAAUCUUUCUAACAUACAGGCCGAUAAAACUGCCAACAACACCCCCUCCUUGCCUCUCCUCUCCCACACAGCCGACAGCCAGGCAGCUAAUAGCUUCUUUCCUGAUCAACAAAAUCUAAGCCCUAUAAUGGAGGGAAGUAAUGAGGAGUCGGACCCCAGCAGCCAGUCUCACCAUCAGACUCAGCAUAGUUCUGCCCACCCCCCAGGAGAGAGUGCUGACCCCUCGGGGCCAGCCCCUCCCAUUCAUCACCUGACUGUGGAGUCAGCCGUGGGACCUGGUGACCUGAAUCAUUCCAGCCACAUCAUAGACGUGUCCACCUAUCACCCUCCAGAGGAAGGGCUGGACUUAGCUGACCAGUCCGUGUACAUCGACACCCACGAUCCGUUUGAUGCGGAGACAGUCAAGGGUAUCCUGGAACAACUUCCCACUUCUAUUAAACUCCACCCCGGGUACCACGAGGUCCCUAGACAGAUCCAGAGUAUUAUAUGUGGCCUCAAUAUCACACUAGGAUCGGACAUGUAUGAGAUCAAGGAGAAGAUAGGUAAGGGAGCGUUUGCCAAGGUGUAUAGUGCCACAUGUGUUUCCUUCUGUAGCACAGAUAUGUUGGACUUUGAUGAACACCUGGAUUUCAACGAGGCAGAAUCCAAACUCAUAGCAUUAAAGGUCCAGAAGCCAGCUAAUGUGUGGGAGUUUUAUGUCUGUACAGAGAUGCAGAAAAGACUACAGAGGUUACAAAGGCCUGUAGAUGUGCGUCCUGCAGUGAUGUUCAUAGAUAAGGGUUACUUCUACACAGACGCCAGCUGUCUGGUCACAGAAUACUGUAAACACGGCUCAUUACUGGAUGUUGUGAAUAAGUUUGGGGAGACUAAUAAGUCCCAGGAGUUCCUGACCAUGUACCUGACUAUAGAACUGAUGCACAUGGUGGAACAGCUCCACGCCUGUCAGAUCAUCCACGGAGAUCUGAAGCCC